ACACUUGUUAUGUACAUAGCCGCGCGAAGUAGGGUUGCUGCAGAACCCCCUGAAAAAAACAUAUUACUCCUGUGUGAGCGGACAGAAAAUACUCCUCAGCAAAACACAACUAGCUAGUGUGUGACGUGACCAUUGUUUUGACAGCAGCACCAGGCGGGGGCAAAUUUACAGUAUGCCAGAGGUAGGCUAGCAUGAUAAGAACGGACGUUUGAAGCUACAUUGAUGUGCUCUGUUUUAUCAAAGUUAUAGCAUGGAUCCAGACAGUGAGCCUGAUACACAACGAGCAUUCAGUUUGCAAUGGAAGAGUUAUAAGCUCAUCCAAGACCCAGCCAUCCGGAGGGUUAACAACAAAAUAUACAUGAUACAGUGCAUUCAGAAAGACUCGGGGUUCCCCCCAGUGGGAGAUUUGCGGGACCCUCGACCUCGUAGGAUCAUGCCCAGGCACACAGAGAUGGCCCUGCCAGUGCCUAAGUUCAAGCUAGAUGAGUUCUACGUGGGCCCCAUUCCCCUCAAGGAAGUGACCUUCGCUCACCUCAAUGACAACAUCAAGGAACCCUUCCUGGCCAAGAUGUAGUACAGUACAUUAUCAGUUGGCAUCAGAUGCUGCCAUUCAGCUCUCUGCAUUGGUAACAUACUGUCCAAUGCUGACCAUCCUUAUCUGGGUGUGAUAAAUAACUAGCUUUUUUGCUAAAAAUAAACAAGAGCGGGCAGGAAGACCUGGAAAAUAGUGUUUGUAUUACUGCACAGAUGUUUUUUUUCAGUGACAAGCGUCCUUAAUUAAAUUGUCCUCAACAUGA